CCGACGCGGAAAGCCCAGGACAACCCAGCCUCAAUCAAAGGGGAAAUGUUCUCACCUGGCCCAGCAGGGCGGAUGAGCUCCAGGCUCCGCCCCCGGCAGGUGCCUGACCCCGCCCACCCGUCUGCGCAUGCGCAAAGUUGCAGUUCUCAUGGCCCCCGGCAGAGGGCUCUGGCAGACAGGCCGGCGCGGACAGCCCCAGGCAAGCCAGCACCACUCAAAGGGGAAGGGUUGUCACCUGGCCCAGCAGCGCUGAUGAGCCCCCGGAUCCGCCCACGGCCGGAGCCACACCCCGCCCACCCGAGUCUGCGCAUGCACAAAGGCAGACAGGCCUGCGCGGACAGCCCCGGGCAAGCCAGCACCAGUCAAAGGGGAAGGGUGGUCACCUGGCCCAGCAGCGCUGAUGAGCCCCCGGCUCCGUCCCCAGCCGGAGCCAGACCCAGCCCACCCGAGUCUGCGCAUGUGCAAAGGAGAUGUUCUCAGGGCCGCCGGCAAGAGGCGCUGCUGAGCGUGGGGGUGUUUCGGGGACCCUCAGCCCCCUUGGGCAUAGGGGUACCUCUACCCCAUUGGGGAAUCGGGACCCGCUUCCCCCUCGGGGAAACGGCAGACUCGCCGACGCGGAAAGCCAGGGACAACCCUGCCCCAAUCAAAGGGGAAGCGUCCUCACCUGGCCCAGCAGGGCUGAUGAGCUCCAGGCUCCGCCCCGUGCUGAAGCCUGACCCCCGCCCACGCGUCUGCGCAUGCCGAAAGCCCCAGGGGCCGGCCGCGAAAACGAAUACGCCCUAGAGAGAGGCGGGGGGUCAGUGUCAAGGGCGGGGACCCCCUGUUCGGCCCAGAGAACCGGCGCCCGCGGCCUCUUCCAAAACUGCAGGCAGACUCGCUGACGGGGAAAGCCCGGAACAACCCAGCCCCAAUCAAAGGGGAAGCGUCCUCACCAGGCCCAGCAGGGCUGAUGAGCUCCAGGCCUCGCACCGGGCCGGUGCCUGACCCCGCCCACCCGUCUGCGCAUGCACAAAGGCAGACAGGCCGGCGCGAACAGGCCUGGGCAAGCCAUCAACACUCAAAGGGGAAGGGUGGUCACCUGGCCCAGCAGCGUUGAUGAGCCCCCGGCUCCGCCCCAGGCCGGAGCCAGACCCCGGUCACCGAGUCUGCGCAUGCGCAAAGGCAGACUGGCGGACACGGAAAGCCCCGGUCAACCCAGCCUCAAUCAAAGGGGAAACGUCCUCACCUGGCCCAGCAGGGCUGAUGAGCUCCAAGCUCCGCACCGGACUGGAGCCUGACCCCGCAAACCCGUCUGCACAUGCGCAAACGUGCAGUUCUCAGGACCGCCGGCAGGGGGCGCUGGUGACAGGGGCGAUGGUUCGGGGACCCUCAGCCAAAGGGGAAGCAUCCUCACCUGGCCCAGCAGAGCUGAUGAGCUCCAGGCUCCGCCCUGGGCCGGAGCCUGACCCUGCCCACCCGUGUGCACAUGCGCCAAGUUGCAGUUCUCAGGGCCGCCGGCAUGGGGUGCAGGGUGA